AUGUACUUGCCGCGGAACUUAAUAGCGCAUCUUUACCAGAACCUCAUAAAACGCACACAUGCCGCCGCACCGCCAGUUCUGCUUCUAGUCGCCCUCGAACCUGACGCGCUCUGUGCCUGUCGAAUACUCACCGCAUUACUAAAGCGGGACUACAUUCCUCACAAGAUUCAACCAAUUGCUGGAUAUGGCGACCUCUCGAGAGCGGCAGAAGAGCUGGUGCGGCCAAUGCGGACAACAGACGGCGGAAGCGGGGGUGUCGUGAUUUGUCUGGGCGUGGGAGGCAUGGUAGACAUGGAGGAGAUAUUGGGUCUGGAUGUAGACGAGAAUGGAGAGGGCGGGACUGGAGAUGUUGAAGUCUGGCUCCUGGAUGCAAGAAGGCCGUGGAACCUGACCAAUGUAUUUGCGGCCCCCAUAAGUCACGACCCAGCUACAGGAGAGUUUGUGCGGAGACAAGCGGGGGUAGACAAGGGCAAGAUAUUGCAGUCGUACCAAUCCUCAAGAGGCGGCAUUAUAGUAUUCGAUGACGGCGAUAUCGAGGACGAACUACAAGCAGAACGGGAGGCGUAUGCUGGUCUUGAGGAGAUGCCAGAGGUUGGAGAGGAAGACGACAUGAGCGAGGACGACGACGACGACCAGGAAGAACAGCCGCCCUCUGGACAAGCACCGAAGAAAAGGAAGUCAUGGGGGGAGGAGGAUGAUUCAGAUCAUGACAUGACAGAUGACGAGCGGCCAGCGCAGAGACGGAGGAGCAAUUCGCUCAUCAAGAAGCGGAAUAAGUACGCACAUACCCUAGACAAGUACUACGAACUCGGCACCUCAUACUCGGACCCCGUCUCCUCGCUCGUAUAUAACCUGGCAUCGGAACUCGGCCGCGAAGACAACGACUUGCUAUGGAACGCCAUUGUCGGUGUCAGCAGUCUGGAGCUGUAUGGGCGGACGGGGAGCGGGGUUGGUCUGAAUCCCCUCUCAGCACAGGGUGGUUCAGCAGGCUGGAAUGGCAACCGAGGAGAGAAUAUUCGCUCAGUCCUGCGAGACGAACGCUUCACACAUAUGGACAUGGAGCUCAAGCGCGGCCUCCGAGAACGCCUCAUCAAGUUCGCCCCACAAUACGGUCUCGACGGCCUCGUACCUCCAAAAUCAAGCACAGGCGACCCCAAAGACGGAUGGGGAUUCGUCCGUUGCUGGGGCUGGAAAGCCUGUCUCUCUGCAAUCGAUGCAGGUGUCAUCCUAGGCGCCAUCCUCGAAGUCGGCGACGCAAAGAGCCUCAACCAAUCCUCCUUUGACAGCUCAAACUUUGUCGGCAACAGCGAGAACAACGAAAUAGCCACCACGACCCAGGAACAGCAAGACCUCGCCCAAGAACACAUCACCAGCCGCUUCUGGACCGCCUACGACGCCCUCGGCAACAUCGACAUGCUCGUAAACCACAUCAGCACCGCCCAACAUCUUUAUCGCGCCAUCCUCCGCACCGGAACCGCACUCAUCGAAAAGAAGCAAAUCCGUCACCUCCGCGCCUUUCGCAUGGCCGUCGUUAAAGAAGGCCCGGACGUCCAGCUCUUCACACACCCUGGCGCCCUCACUAAACUCGCCCUCUGGAUCGCUGAAGCUAUCGUCGAACUCAACGGCACAAAGGAUUCCUCAGACAACGACAGCUCAGACGAAGAAGAAGAGGAUGAACACCGGGGCGCAGGCAGGAAUCGCUUCGGAAAUGCUUUCCAAGAGGUCGUCCGUGAGACGGGUGCUAGGGUACGCAUGGAUAGCUUCGAAGCGUGUGUGAUUGAGAUUAAAAAGGAGGAUUUGAGUGGGUUUUUGGAGAAGCUUAGUCAGAAGGCUGUUGUUGGGUAA